AUGGCUUUCCUUGUGGAGAGGUGCGGGGAGAUGGUGGUGUCCAUGGAGAUGGGCUCGGGGGCGGCGGGGGCGCACGGUGCCGGCGGCGUUGCUGGGAAGCCGGUGCCGGCGCCGUUCCUGACCAAGACGUACCAGCUGGUGGACGACCCCUGCACCGACCACAUCGUGUCGUGGGGGGAGGACGACGCCACCUUCGUCGUCUGGAGGCCGCCCGAGUUCGCCCGGGACCUCCUCCCCAACUACUUCAAGCACAACAACUUCUCCAGCUUCGUCAGGCAGCUCAACACCUAUGGAUUCAGGAAGAUAGUGGCCGACAGAUGGGAGUUCGCCAAUGAGUUCUUCAGGAAGGGAGCAAAGCACCUCCUCGCUGAGAUCCACCGGAGGAAGUCGUCGCAGCCGCCUCCGCCGUCAAUGGUGCCGCACCAGGCCGCGUACCACCACCACUACCACCUCGGCAACACCUUCUCGCCACCGCCGCCUCCACCGCCGGCGGCUCAUCAUCACCAUCACCCGGUGUACCAGCACUUCCAAGAAGAGCCAGCGGCCGCGGCCACGUCGCACGGCGGAGGCAACGGCGGCGGCGACUUCCUGGCGGCGCUGUCGGAGGACAACCGCCAGCUGCGGCGGCGCAACUCGCUGCUGCUGUCGGAGCUGGCGCACAUGAAGAAGCUCUACAACGACAUCAUCUACUUCCUGCAGAACCACGUGGCGCCCGUCACGAGCCCCUCGUCGGCCGCGUUGCAGCGGCACCCGCCGCUCCCCGGCGCCGGCGCGGGGGUCGCCGCGUCCAACUCGUGCAGGCUGCUGGAGCUGGACAUGGACGUGGACCGGGACUCGCCGGCCGCUGAGGAGGACGACACGGUGAAGCUGUUCGGCGUGGCGCUGCACCACGGCAAGAAGAAGCGGGCGCACCGCGAGGAGCGCGGUGACGUCGUCGCCCAUGAUCUCGGAAGCGAGGUCUAG